GAAGUAUCCAAAGCAACCUCACGACAGUUUGGGCAGUGGCAUUGUUGUUCUGUGCUCACUGUUGUAGGGCUGUCCGGAGGAAAAAAACAAAACAAAACAAAAAAAACCAGCCACCAUCUAUCUUUGGGGAAGAUGCUAACUUUUGUGGUCGCCUGAUGUUUUUGUAGUUGUGAACGUUUACAGUUUUUGUCUUUUCUGUUUAAGAUUCGGGGACGCUGCUAGCAUAUAGCUAGCUCGACUAUAGCACUCGCGAAAAUGAAUUCCAACACGCACGUAAUCCAGGUGACAAACGUUUCACCGAGUACGACGUCCGAACAAAUGAGGACUCUGUUUGGAUUCCUCGGAACCAUAGAGGAGCUCAAACUGUUCCCGCCCGAGUGAGUAUUGUGAAUUAUGAACUGGUAAAUUAUCCUCUCCUCCACAAUCUAUGGCGGCUCACGCGGGGCUCUUGCUGAGGCCUACAGCAUCGAGCAGGCCUCGCUGCACGGUAGUGCUAAUGCUAAUGCUCCCGCGUCUUUAUUGAACGUGGCAACGCUUGCUUCUCUCAAAUUAGAUAUGCAUGUAUUUAACAAUACUUCAAUUCUUCAUCCAUACGCAUCUGCCGAUUAUCACAUUUGUCGAUUAAGCAAUCAAAAAAUUGGUAAUCGUUUGUGUAAGUCGGUUAUCUAACACAUACACGGUAGGCAGCUAUACAUCCUGUUUAUCGAGUUAUCUGUAAUCUCUCCGUCAGAAAACAAAGUCAUAAAAAUAUACACGGGAGAAAUAAGCAUGAAUGGCUUAAUUUUAAUAAUCACCAGAGUUGCUCCUAAUUAUUUUGAUUUCAAGUGGGACUUAUGUGGCAGCUUUUCGUAUAAAAUGAGCAGUUGAUUAGCAUCCUAAACCAGCAACAGUGCAAAAGAACAACUAAUUAUGACUCUUAAUGAGCAGUGGGACAUUUGGUUACACGCCUGGUUGAGCUAAAUUGGAAUAUUUCCUUAGGUGCAUGCUUUGUUUAGAUCCACAGUGGACAAUAAUGAGCUACAGUACACACUGCACAGUGUUUUCUUACCUUAAUUCUCUCUGUGUUGUGUUUUCUCUGUUGAAUUACACGUGGCUACUGGACAGGUAUGAAAUAAUCAAGGUGGUGAUUUUCCGGGUAGAUGUAGUUGUAACAAUUUAGUAACUGUUUGAAAGUUUGAUCGCCGCCAGUUUUAUACCAGUAUUGAGUUUUAUCCUCAUACUGUGGUGCUAAGGAGUGCAACAGGAUCAGAAAUGGCUGAAGAAAAAGGUUGUGUGUCACCUCUGGAUGAUACUGUGUUGUACUAUGCAGAGGAUGCAGGGAACAAGAGUCACUCCUGUGCUUUCUUGUCCCUGUGGACACAGACUGAGUAUGAAGAAGGCAUGUUGUCUCCCCUUGUUUGUAUUCUUUGCACAACCUAUCUGUAUUUUCUUCCAGUGACUCUCCCUUGCCUGUGACUUCACGUGUCUGUUUUGUAAAAUUCCUUGAGGCUGAGUCUGUGGGAGUUUCCCAACACCUGACGAACACAGUCUUCGUGGACAGAGCCUUGAUCGUGGUCCCUUUCGCUGAAGUUCUUUUUCCUGGUUCAGCCAGCCCUAUUUACCAGGCCCCGCUGAAAAUGCCACCAACAGUUUUGUCUUCUGCAGCCUUAUCCUGUUUCUCAAGUGUCCUUUCUGUUGUGUGCGUGGGUGUGCGUGGGUGCAUGUCUCCCCCCUCUCUCUCUCUCUCUCUCUCUCCCUCUCUCCCUCCCUCCCUCUCUCCUCCCUUCAUAAUGUAAAGAAACAUGUCAGAUUAAAAAAUAGCCUGUUUUCAGAUUGCACAGCCAUGGAUGAUCAUCUCAUGACAUUUUUUUUUCUGUCAUUUUUACCGUUUGGUUCUCUUCAGCUUUGGGAAUAUUUUUCUUAUCACUACCUUUGCUGCCAAUAGCCUGUAAUUGUUCAGUGUAGAUUAUUGUUUAUUUACUAUAUUUUUUUGACAUACUGUUGGCUAAAACCUGUCAGUACUGUAUUUGAUUAGCAGUACUUUACCUGGUUGUUAAGUGUUCUUUGUGGUGGGGUUGUACAAAAAAAAACAAAAAGAGAGAGAACCCACCAGAAAAAGGCUAGAAAAGGUCAAAUGAGUAAGCCUUUUCUGUUUUUUGUAUUGGUAAUGGUAAGUGAUGUUGAAAUGUACCCUUGUGUCUACACCCAAAUCAUGAACUUUGUUUUCUGUAUCUCAAUGUUUUUGUGUGCUUUAUAGCGAAGCAGCCGGCGCGAGUCGCUUGUUCAUAAAACAUCUAAUGAAAGUUGAGAGCACAUCCCACGGGACAACUGGCUGUGCUUGCUUACGUUUGGUUCAUGACUUAAAAAACAAGUACAGGUGAUAAAAUCUUGGCAGUGUUGACCACAGUGUGUAUUGUGACUUUGAAACUUAUAGCUGCUAAUCCUACAAUCAUAUUCACAACAAAGCAAAACAGCAACAACAACAACAAAAGUCAGGGAUCAAGAUUUACAGACAAGACAAAAAAGUGGAUUUUUGUUUUUCAUUCUUUUACUACAGUGUAGUUAGACUGAGGUGGCUUGUCUGCAAGUCUUGUCUGAGUGUUGUCGACGUCGUCUUUGAAGAUGUACUGAGAUGUUCUUGGUUUUUCCUCCAGGAGUCAUUCCCGAUGAAUCUAAAGCUAUGUCGCUGUUGGCUCCAGCCAAUGCUGUGGCAGGAAUGAUGCCCGGUGGAGGCCUUCUUCCGACACCGAAUCCUCUGGCAUCUAUGGGAGCGACACCAUUUGGCGGUCUUGGAGCUCCUAGCAUUGAGCAGAUGGCUGCUAUGGGAAUGCCCGGACCGAACAUGAACCCCCAGGCUCUUUCCGCAGAUUUCCUGAAGCUCAUGCAAUCCAUGGAUCCCAAAUUGAACCUUGCAGCUGGAUUGAACUUGAGUCCAGGGCUGAAGGCUGAUGCAUCGAAUAAGGAGAUUGAAGAGGCCAUGAAGAGAGUCCGAGAGGCCCAGUCUCUUAUUUCUGCAGCUAUUGAACCAGGAAGUAAGAAAGAUGACAAGCGCAAACAUUCCCGCUCCCGUUCGCGUUCACGGCGUAGACGAACCAGAUCUCGUUCAAGACACAGACGUUCGAAGAGCAGAUCUCGGCGUAGGUCUCAUUCAAGGAGCAGGAGGAGGUCCAAGAGCCCACGGAGGAGGAGGUCCUACUCCCGGGAUCGAAGCCGUCGCAGUAGAUCUAGAGACAGGAGGAAGGAGGAGAAGUCCAAGAAAAGAUCCAAGACUCCCCCCAAAAGCUACAGCAGCGCCAGGAGGUCUCGGAGCAUUAAUCGGAGACACAGGCGAAGUCGCAGUGCUUCUCGCUCCCCUAAGAGAAGGGUCUCCAGGUCUCCGUCCCCCAGACGCCACAAGAAAGAAAAAAAGAAGGACAAGGACCGUGAGAAGGAAAGGGACCGAGACAGAAGGGAGGACAGGGACCGCAGCAGAGACGAACGCGAACGCUCCAACAGUAAGAAAAAAAAGAGCAAAGACAAAGAACGAGAUCGGGACCGCAAGUCCGACAGCGAGAAAGGAGAUGUUAAGGUGACUCGGGACUACGAUGAGGAGGAGCAGGGUUAUGACAGCGAAAAAGGAGAGGAGGAGGAGGACGAGAGGAAGAGCGACUCUGACUCCAUCUCGUCCCCGAAAAGCCAGGAGGAGAUGGAGAGAUCUGAGGGCCAAAUCCCCAAAAAGUCCAAACUGAAUGGAGAUGAUCACCACCAGGAAGACAUGGAGAUGAGCGACUAAAAACGUCCAAACCAGAUAGCAUCGUCUUUUCACUGUCCUUUUUAUAUUUUUAAUAUAGGCCACGAUAUGUCUGUGCCUGAUCGCUCAAAGUUAAACAGAUUUUGUCUUAACUGUAGAAACACUGCAAAGGAGGGCAGGCAGUGGGGUGUACGGAGGGGAGGCAGAACUUUUGUAAAGAUAUAAGAAACAAUUACUAAAAUAUGAAGAACAUGAAACCUGGUUUUAAAUUGUCAUUGCUGUACUUUUUAAAGAUUUUGUUAUUGGAGUUUGUCUUUCUGACAGUAGAAUACGCAGCGUUUUCCUCUAAAAACGCAGCAUCUGUAAAUAUUUUACUGGUCAGGACUUUGUCCUCAUUCACACUGCUCGUUGUUUGCCACUCACCGUUUUAUUUUUUCCAAACGAACCGUUUUGCUUUAACUGUGUAACACACCCAGCUGUGUUUCAUCUCUACUGACCUAUUUACAACCCUUUAUUAUUGUACAUUGUAGAUUGAAAUGUGUUGUGACAAUGAAAUAUGUUGUCUGCAAUAGAAUUUCCAAAGGACACAAAUAAAAUUGGGGUAAACUGUCAA